CGUCCGUCGCGUGUAUCACUGUGUGCUCGUAUUUUCGUAUUCACCUUGCUUGGUUGUUGCUGUUGUUGUUGUUAAGUGUAUUUAAGUAAUUUUCGGCAUCCCCUCCAAACACCUCUCCUGCAGUUUCCGCUAACUUGCGCAUAAACGUCGACGUCGAUUUGACCGUUCUCUGGCAGUGCUUUUGGGCAGCAUCGAUUGUGUCAAGGUUGUGAAGCCCGUGAUCCGGUUUGAAAAAUGGGUAAAGAGAAAACUCACAUCAACAUCGUGGUAAUCGGCCACGUGGACAGUGGCAAGUCUACAUCGACAGGUCACUUGAUCUACAAAUGUGGCGGCAUCGAUAAGCGUACCAUCGAGAAGUUCGAAAAGGAGGCGCAGGAAAUGGGAAAAGGAUCAUUCAAAUAUGCAUGGGUAUUGGACAAGCUGAAAGCGGAACGCGAACGCGGUAUUACGAUUGAUAUAGCAUUGUGGAAGUUUGAGACUUCUAAAUACUACGUGACGAUCAUCGAUGCCCCCGGGCACAGGGAUUUCAUCAAAAACAUGAUCACCGGCACUUCGCAGGCUGAUUGUGCUGUAUUGAUCGUCGCUGCAGGUACUGGUGAAUUUGAAGCUGGUAUUUCGAAGAAUGGCCAGACUCGCGAACAUGCUCUUCUAGCUUUCACCUUGGGCGUAAAACAGUUGAUUGUGGGCGUUAACAAGAUGGACUCCACUGAACCACCUUACUCGGAGGCUCGUUUCGAGGAAAUUAAGAAGGAAGUGUCUUCGUACAUUAAGAAAAUUGGGUACAACCCAGCUGCAGUGCCAUUCGUACCAAUCAGUGGGUGGCAUGGGGAUAACAUGUUGGAGCCCAGCGACAAAAUGCCAUGGUUCAAAGGGUGGAACAUUGAACGUAAAGAGGGUAAAGCGGAAGGAAAAACUCUAAUCGAAGCUUUGGAUGCCAUUUUGCCCCCAUCCAGACCUACUGAGAAACCUCUGAGAUUACCGCUUCAGGACGUAUACAAAAUCGGCGGUAUUGGCACUGUGCCCGUAGGCCGUGUGGAAACCGGCAUCCUGAAGCCCGGCAUGGUGGUGACAUUCGCCCCGGUCGGCCUAACCACCGAAGUGAAAUCGGUGGAAAUGCACCACGAAGCGUUGCAGGAGGCCGUUCCCGGAGACAACGUUGGCUUCAACGUGAAGAACGUUUCCGUGAAGGAGCUGCGACGCGGAUACGUCGCAGGGGACUCGAAGAACAACCCGCCCAAGGGGGCUUCUGACUUCACCGCUCAGGUCAUCGUGCUGAACCAUCCGGGACAGAUUGCUAAUGGGUAA